UUACUUUAAAUGUCUAACCAACAGAAGCACAGGGCUGUUGAUGGAUUUUUUAUGUGGUUUAUUUUACUCCUGGAUUGUGUUCUGGUGAAGUUACAUUGAACAACAUUUGGUAACAAUGGCACAAGCCGAAUAUUUAAACUAUAAAAAGGCCUUGGAAACUCGGCACAGUAACCUCCAAGUGAAAUACGAGGCCGCAUGUCUGGAGCUGCAGAAGACACAAGGACUAUUGGAGAAAUUACGAACAGAAAACAAGAAGAAAACAGAACACAUUGAGGGUUUACAGAAAGAAGUCACUUUUAUGGCUGAUAGGGUUAAGGUUCUGGACCAAAAAGCUUUGGAUUUGGAAAGAGCUGAAAUCACAGUAGAGCAAUUGAAAAGAACACUGGAAUCCUACCAAAAGCAAAACCGAGACAAAGAGUCAGAGCUAAAGGAAACCCGCCAGUGUCUGGAAGAUACAGGGAAAAAACUGUCUGUUGCACAUACUCAGAUAGAAGAUUUGGAAGAGAAGGCAUCAGACCUGAAACAACAGGUGAGGGAGGAACUGAGGAGGAAUGAAAAACUGGAGCAGGAUAUAGAGGGCAUUCCUCACUUAAAAGAGAAAAUAGAAGAGGCUGAAGCAGCAGCUGUGAAUUUUCAGAAAGAACUGAGAGAAAAAGAAUUUCUUCUGCAGCAGGCCAGGAAGAGCAGUCGGGAGUAUGGUGAAAAGGCUAAGGCUUUAGAAAAAGAAGUUUCAGAGAUGAACAAAAUCCAGGAAGAGCUUCAUGUGGCCAGGUGCGAGACCCUCUCCUUGAAACAACUGAUUGUGGGGAAAGACUCCCUGGUGAUACAGUUGACCCAGGCACUGGAGUUUGCUAAGAACAUGCUUCAGGAACUGCAUGGCACAGGUUGUCAGAUUUCUCCUAAAAUCCAAGAAUUGCUUGACAAGGCAAGUCUGCUCCAGCUGGCAACUUAUCCCCAGGGGACGCCUGUGCUCAAGACCCUCCAAGAUGCCUCAGAGAGUAUACGAUCUCCAAGCCCCAGUGUAGAGCCCUGGGCACAGACAGUACAAUGGGACGGCACGCUGUCUGCUAACAGAAGAACCAACUCGGCUCCCUCUAGUGGGAAACAGAAUUCAAGAGUACAAUUAGACGUCAGAAGACCUCCCUUCUCAGCAAGCUCAAGUGAUACCACGACAAGACAAGCCAGUGCAAAACUCAAUCAAAAACAGAAUGGCCUAUUUUUGAAGCGUUUGUUGGUUGAUACAGAAUCAACUGAUGGUAAAAUGAGUAAUACAUUGCCAGCACAUCCAGUCAGGCCUAAAACUGCUGUAGUAAAACCAACAAUCCAUUCAAACUUUCAUUCUAAUAAUUCGACAUUAUUCACAAAUAAUGGCAGAAAAGGAUCAGUGGAUUUUGCUGAUAAUUGGACUAGCAGUAGUAACAGUACUAGUACAGCUUCGUCUUCAGAGGGAUAUAAUCCCCGAAAACCAUCACUCUCUCCUUCACACUGCAAGUCCAAGGCAGUACCCCCUACAAAGCAGGAACUUAAGAUGGAGAGAGAGGCAAUAAAGGCAGCAUUUGCCAGGAUGUCCGUGUAUGAGAAAGACAGUUUGGUGUCAAAAUUUGUGAACACUGGUGACAGGGUUCUAGUCAGGCUUGGAGCAGCUAAGAAGUUAAAAUCCAAAGGAACUGCACCAAAAGAAAUUCUUCACAGUGGUAUAGUGAAGUUCAUUGGCCAUGUUGAUCGCGAGUAUGCAGAUCAGAAAUUGUAUGCUGGUAUACGAUUGGAUGAAGCAGUGGGAGACACAGAUGGUUUGUUCAAAGGGAAAAGAUACUUCUAUGUCCCUGCCAACCAUGGCAAGCUGGUACGACUACUCAAUGUGGUCUCUGUGCUGAAUACCAAGAUGUCCAGUUACAAGAAGGUAGAGGACAGCGUGUAUGAAUAUAUGGAACAGAACAAGGGAUCACUCCAUUUAGACUUGUACCACUACCCCUCAGUUCCAGUCAGACCCCCCUCUCCCCACACCUCCUCCAAUGACAGUGCUAACCAUGGAACAUGAAUUAACAAAUGACGUACAGUAGACAUCACAUCAACUGAGUGCUCGCCUAUAACUUAAGUUAAUUCA